AUGUGUUUACCUAAUGUUGAUAUGUCAAUUAUAGUGAACAUAAUGGAUCCAGUAUCUAACACAAUUGGUAUUGAUAAAGUAAAUAUGGAUGGGAAAUUGAUUUUAAUUGAAGAACAACAUGAAAGUAAUGCAAAUUUUUUAUUAAAUUCGAUUAUAUGCAAUGCACUGAACAAAAAUUAUGAAAUCUGUUUUGUACUUUGUCAUAAUACAUUUAAUCAUUAUCAUAACAUGGGUAAGAAAUUUGGUUAUAAUCUUUCAUCAUUAAAAGAAAAAGGUAAGGUUACAGUUAUUGAACCAAUGAAAGUUAUUGCAUCUGAUGUGAAUUUUAUGCAUACACAAACAUCAAACAAAAUACUUCUUGAUGUACUUUUAAAUAUUAAAAUGGAAUAUGAGAGCAUGACAAGAAACGGUGCACCUGUUGUUCUUUUGGUUGAUGAUAUAAGUAAUUUUUAUAAUCUCGGAUUUGAUUUGAAAGAAUACUUGUAUUUCAUAAGAUUCUGUAGGUCACUUAUUAAAGACUACAGUAGAUCUUAUCUUUGUGUUGUAAUGCAUACCUAUAAACAUACAUCACAAAGCUGCAUUUCUACCACAUUUACACAGGUUCUUAAACACAUGGCUCAGUUAUUUAUUGUAACUGAGCCUCUUGAAACAGGACAUUCUUCUCGUGCAUCUGGAAAAAUAGCAAUUCAUUGGAGAAUAGAUUCUGUUAGAAUAAAAUAUAACUGGCCUGAAAUAGCAAGAUAUAUAUAUAAAUUAUCAGACCAUCAUGUUGACAUAUAUGCACCUGGAACAAUGACCCAUUAG